CUUUACCAACAUUCUAGUCCUUAUAUCGCAAAAUUGCUUCAUUUAUCAUUGUCGUUGUCAAUUGUUGUGUUUCCCCUUUGAGCUGAGGAAUAGGAAGGUUUAGGAAAGGGGUCCCCAAUCCUUGAGAAUGGCCGAAGAACAAUCGAACGCCUCGUUGGAGUUCACCCCGACAUGGGUGGUCGCGGCUGUCUGCUUCGUGAUCGUGAUGCUGUCACUAAUCGCAGAGCGCGGUCUUCAUAAGCUUGGCAAGUGCCUGAAGAACAACAAGCAGGACGCGUUGUUCGAAGCCCUCCAGAAGCUAAAAGAAGAGCUGAUGUUGUUGGGGUUCAUAUCAUUGCUGCUAACGGUGUCACAAGGCGCCAUCCGUCACAUUUGCAUACCGCCUAGCCUUGCUUCCACCAUGCUCCCCUGCAAGAGACAGAAGAAAGGCGAAGCCGGCGGCGGACACAACCAACUGUUUCUUGGCUUCGGCGAUCUUUCCCCGAGGCGCCAUCUCUUAGCUUCCUCUGAGGGUCCGGACCAUUGCUCCAAGACCGGUAAGGUACCGAUGGUGUCGUUGGAGGCAUUGCACCAGCUGCACAUCUUCAUCUUUGUUCUUGCAGUUGUGCAUGUCAUCUUCUGUGUUAGUACCAUGGUUCUUGGAGGUGCAAGGAUUAGGCAGUGGAAGGUUUGGGAGGACUCCAUUAGGCAUGGUGGCAAACCCCAAGGGCGCAGAAGUGGUGCUACUCCAGCUUAUGAUCAUCACCAUGGGAGGUUCAUUGAAACACAUGUCACAGGGCGUUGUGGCAAUUCAGGCCCUGUGACUUGGGUGGUGUCGUUCUUCAAGCAAUUUUAUGGCUCCACUCAUUGUCCAAGCAUGCCCAAUUUCGACUUCCACAAGUACAUGUUGCGGACUCUUGAAAUCGAUUUCAGGAAAAUUGUUGGCAUAAGUUGGUAUCUGUGGCUCUUUGUGGUGAUAUUCUUGUUGCUGAAUGUGGAAGGAUGGCACACCUAUUUUUGGUUGGCGUUUUUGCCAUUGAUUUUGCUGCUACUGGUGGGUGCCAAGUUGGAACACAUAAUGACUCAGUUAGCUCAGGAGGUGGUGGAGAAGAAAGAGCACCACCAUGUCGAAUCAGAGCGAGUGCAGCCUUCAGACAAACACUUCUGGUUCCAUCGUCCAGCCAUUGCUCUUCACUUGAUUCACUUCAUCCUCUUCCAGAAUUCGUUCGAGAUUGCCUUCUUCUUCUGGAUUUGGAGCACGUACGGAUUCGAUUCGUGCAUCAUGGAGAAGCUUGUUUACAUUGUGCCAAGGCUCAUCAUGGGUGUGAUCGUUCAAGUGCUAUGCAGUUACAGUACGCUGCCGCUCUAUGCUCUCGUCUCCCAGAUGGGUAGCAGGUUCAAGAAGGGAAUGUUCGACGACUAUGUGCAGUCAUCGUUGGACGAUUGGCUGUCAUCACUUCGUGCCAAAAGAGAAAACACAGGUGACUCCAGCAGCACCACUAGAGUGGAUCGUUUGGCCGGAGAAAUCGGUGAGCAAGAAAUGGUCACCAUGGCCGGCAGAAUCCCAUCAGCAGCUGUAACUACUGGUACUACUACAAUGAUGCAUCCUUUUGCAGCCCAAACACCUUCACCUACUUCAUCAGUGUGAUCCUUUUUUUCUUACGAUUGCUGUACAUGGAGAUGCAAUAAAAAAACAAAACCUGCUUCUUUGGACUAGUAGGGAAACAGGUGUGGCAUAGAAGAAUUAGAACCUACAAUGCUUUCUUCUCAAUCUUUAUUUCCUGUUGUAACCACACCGAAAUAACAUAAGUAGUCUGUUAUUCAUCAGAGAAUUACAGCCAUUGUGGACUUCUGCUUCUUGGGUAAAUCACAAGCAGUGUAUUUUGUCUUUCUAGAUUGUAAAUACAAACAGGGAGACUGGAACAUUAGUUAUAGCUAAACAAGAGGCAAAAUUAGGGUUAGAAGUUUGCAGGGGGGAUACUUUUUACAAGGGGCAAUGAUAAUUUUUUCCCAAUCUAGUUGGGGGUCAUGAUACAAAAGAUGACAGAACCAUAUGAUUGGAUUGUUCAUGUGGUAGCUUACCCAUCUCGUAACUAACGUGUGCUGCUGACAACGGGCUGGCAGUAUCCUCUCCAUUUUCAAGCUUGUUCAAAGCUCUUUUUGUGUACAAAGUAAAAGCUAUGACAGUUAUGAUUGCAAUGAUGAACGAGAUUACGUUAUACACGAUCUCCACUGGUGUCAGAUGAUGUUUCCCAUAAUUCAUUUCAGCAAGUGUCCUGAUUAGUCGACCACUGCACAUGUAAAGAAAAGCUUCUGGGAUCAUUCCAGCAACUGAACCACAUAUGUAGGGCCAAAAUCUUAAGCUUGUGACGACUAUUGCAUAGUUGAAAAUUGUGUAUGGAAAUGGGGAUACCCUGAAAAGGGCAACAACUCGAAAUUGAUGGAACCAGUUCCCUUCUGCUGCUAGUCUCAGCAUGGCAGCUUGCUUGGGCCAUCUCUCUAACCAUUGCUGGAUACGGUCACGAAAAAACAGGCCAAUGAAGAAAGGCAGGAUCAUCCCAAUCGUUGUUCCAGCAAUGAUUAUGACAAAUCCAAUGCCAUAUCCAAAAAUCAUACCAGCCAACCACAUUGAAGGACCAGAAGGAAUUAAGAAAACAGGGAACAACGCCAGAGAACCAAUAAGUACAAGAGCAAGGACUGGACGUCCAAAGGCAGUUGCUUCCCAUUUCAUCACUGGGUACAGAACCUACGGAUGUAGAAAAAUCAAAGUUAAAAGUUAAGCCUCAGAAGCUGGUAAAAAUAUGAAUGCUACUUUCAUCCAUCAAACGUGAACACCUCACAUGUUUGUAACCACAUCCAACUGAAUUGAUGCUCAAUUGUUCCAAAUAAACAAGUCGAUGACAACAAUAUACUUGAAGUCUUUGACCCAGCAGUUAGAAGAAAGUGAUAUGUAAACCACAAACAAACUAAGCGGGCACUCUCUUAUCAUCCAAAAUUUAAAAUAAUGGU